AUGUCCUCUGUCAAAUCAUUCCGCCAGAUCAUCGGCGUCCCUCCUUCCACCGCCUCCACCAGUGAUUCAACCCUGAUCAUCAUCGACGCUCAGGACGAGUAUGCCUCAGGCCAUCUCAAGGUUGAGAAGGUCUCCGAGUCUCGCAAAAUUAUUGCCAAACUGCUUGAAAAAUAUCGUCAGGGUGGCAACGUCAAGAACAUUGUCCAUGUCGUGCACGAAGUGCCUGCCGGCGCCCCUGUCUUCACGCCUGGCACCACUCUCGCCCAGGAAUUUGAGGAGCUCACCCCCAAGGAAGGCGAGAAGGUCCUUACUAAGAACUUCCCCAGUUCUUUUGCAAAGACCGAUCUCCAUGAGUACUUGCAGGGACUGGGAGAUGUAGGCAAGAAGAUUGUACUGGUUGGCUAUAUGGCGCAUGUUUGCGUUUCUACCACCGCACGGACUGGUAGUGAGCUUGGAUAUGAUGUGGUUGUCGUGAAAGAUGCUGUGGGUGAUCGCAAUAUACCUGGUGCAGCCGCUGAGACCGUUGUCUCUGUGGUACUCAGUGAAUUGGCUGAUGGCUUUGCCACGAUUGUCUCUGAGAGUGAGAUCAGCUCGUGA